ACCCUGAUUAUAUAUUGCAUUUGCAAGAAAAUUAAACGUAAUGUGAUUCGGAAGCAUAUUUAACCAAUUAUCUUUCAAUAGGCUAUAUUUGAUAGUCGGUAAUAUGAAUUGCCUUCUAAGUGUAAUAACAUAGGAAUAUUCAUCCCUAUUUAUAAAAAUAAAAUUAAUUGAUUCGUCAAAACAAAAUUUAUGCAUGUGCUCAAUAUGCUAAUCUCAAGUAAAUAUGACCCAGUUGACCCAAGGAUUUGUAUUUGUCUUACUAUACAAAUCCUUGGUUGACCCUAGUUCAAAGUUUUAACAUCCACAAACAUGAAAUAAAUUAUUCUCGUUCAUUUUAUGCUUGUAAUAUUAGCCGCUGAAAGUUAAGGCACGUGAAGAGUGUGGUCAAUGAUAAAGUACAUUGUACCACUACAAAAAUGUACUUAUAAAUACCGAUAAAAUUGAUGCCGAUCUUUGUGGUAACAUAAUUAAUCCAAUCAACAGUUAAUACAGAACACCACAGAUCAGAUCAAACUAUAUUUCUAUAUUGAUAAAAAAGUUUCUAUACAUAUUUACAAUCACUAUGAGAUUGCGCGCCGUGUGUAAAAUGAUCCAACUACCGCUUACAAAGCGUUCUCCCCAACAUGCUCCGAAUACUAUUAGUAUCAAUAGGAGAGAUCAUAUUACAGACGGCUCGGUUUACAAGUCAAUAAGGCUAGAUUUGGCUUUAACUAGUAUUACAUAUGUUCACACAGCCCAUAGUGUAGAUUGUUCAGUGGAGAAUAAACACAAAUUAAUUUGUAUUUGAUAAAAUGUCAGAAAAAACGUACGAGUGUAAAACAUCGGAAUCCUACACAAGUGAUCACGUUCAAAUCAAAGAGGAACCGAAAGACACAGAUAUUAAAGAUUAUGCUGAAAAUACUAUGAAUGAACUUCUUGGAUUGUAUGGCUAUGAUAAAGUAAACAGUACGGACACAGAACAACUAAAUCUCGAGCGAUACACGUCAGAAAACGACGGAGCUGUGUCUCCUAUAGACGACCUCAGUCGAGAUAGCUUUGACAGUGAUGACAACCUAUCAGAAACUAGCGAGGUUUCAAGAUUAAGUAGAAGCGAUAGUCAGAACAGUCUUGCAGCACAACACAGAAAUCUAGUCACAGCUUUGACAAAGAAACACAGGCUUACAGGUGCACCUGAAGGAACAUUACCAGCUGAGAAAUUUGUAUGUGCUUGGUGCCAGAAAAGUGGUCCUAAGUUAUUUACUCUGAAAACCUCAUCAGGAUCAAAAGCUUUCUGUAGUGAAGUGUGCUUCACCCAAUGUCGACGUGCAUCCUUUAAAAAGAACAAAGUGUGCGACUGGUGCAAACACGUUCGCCACACAGUCAACUAUGUAGAUUUUCAGGACGGUGAACAACAACUUCAGUUUUGUAGCGCAAAGUGUUUGAAUCAGUACAAAAUGAGCAUUUUCUGUAGGGAAACUCAAGAACAUCUUAAGCAAAUUCGAUCUCCUCCGGAAGUGAAGAAACCAAAAACUAAUAAUGAUGAACAAAUUUUAAUUACGCCUGAACUCUGGCUUAAAGAAGGCAAAUUAGAAGUAAUUGAUAAGGAAGAUAAAUCAUUCAACAGAGAAAAAGAAUUAGAUUUAAAGCAUAGAAUACCAAAAAUUGACAAGAUAGAGAACGAUGUUUCUUCUCGUGAAAAAAACAUCCCAUUGUCAAAGUCUCUUCCGGAGAGAAUGUCACGUGAGAAAAAUAGACGUGCAACUCCAAAAGAUAGUAAAGCCUCUACACCUAUUUCAAAUGGACUGCAAGAACCACCAAACAGUGCUACAUCACAAAGACUGACACCUGUACCGCAGGGCAAUAUGCCAGCUUUGUCGCAAAUCUUACCCCCUCAAUUAUGGAAUAUGUUUGCUCCUAGUAUGCCUCAAUUCGGUGGUAUUCCUCCCUGGUUCUAUCCGGGAUUUAUGCCUCCUAUGGCUGGCUUUAUGCCACCCGGUUUUCCAAUGGAUGGGAUGCAGAGACAUUUAAGUGAAUCUGGUUUCUCAAAUGCUCAACAGCCACCUGUCUCGCCAGUCGUAAGUGAAGAUUCGAUAUCAGAACCAGCUGAAUCUAGAAAGAAUGUUACUAAUGGGAAUAGAAAUCAAUCUGUUCAUAUGAAUUCAGGAACAAAACCGCCAACGUUUAUGGAAAACCCUAUGCAUUCAGGCACGGACACGAGUCAUCAUGGAAGACACUCUCAUGUGUACCAUCAUGCACAAAAUACCGGGAAUGGAUUGCCUCCGGUCACUAUGAUUAUGCCGAUGCCCAUUGCACUUCCGUUUCCGGUUCCAAUUCCAUUGCCUCUUCCACUAACGAUGGAAAAGAUUAUGGAAGUUUUUGGCAAAAAUAAAUCUACAGAAAACAGUCCAAGUUCAAAAAAUCCUCUUAGUGAUUAUAAAGGUUCAGAAAAUUUAAAUAUUUCAUCGAGUUCUGACGGGCUCGAUUCUUCGAUCUCUUCUUCCGGUAAUAGACAAACAAUAUAUAAAAUGAAAAAUGAUAUAAAUGAGAAUGAAACGAUACCUGCUGGUCGUGUAUCUUGCAAUUCAUGCAUCACUGAACAAAGCAUAAGUCCAACAUUAGGAUCGGAUCGAUCGUCACCGGUAUACGAUUCACGGCUUUCAGCAUCAUACGACUAUUCAUUAAUGCGGAAGCGCGGACUAUCUCCUGAUGGAUCCUUAGAUUUAAGUAAAAAAGCGAGAAUACCGAUUGUCACAAACAAUUCGAGUAGCAGUUGUGAUGGUGCGAUCGAUUUGUCAAAAGACAGUACUGUUGGUAAAAUCAAGAGCGAUUCUGGAAAAGAAAAUCAGGAAUUGAACGAUGCUUCGUCUUUACACAGUGACUCCGAACUACAAAACGGUGAUGCAAAGGAACCAAUGAUUCAUAUAGUCACACCACGUGACGAUCCACCUUUGUCACAACACCUUCCACUGGCGCCUGCAGAUCACAAAUAUUCUAAUAGACGCGGUUUAAUACUAGAUAUUCCGUAUAAUCCACGUCGUUCACGGAGCCCUUCUCCUGAAAGAAGGCCAUAUUUAGCCAGGGAAUACCGACGGAAGCUACUCGGAAGAAGAAAUGUAAAAUCUACUUAAUCAAAUGCAUAACUUUUAAACUAUAUACUAGUACUUUGAUGCUCGUUUUUCAUUGUACAUUUUCCUCAUUUAUUUAAUUUAAAAAAGCGCGUCAUUUACAGUUAUUGUUUUCUAAAGAAAGGCAUAACAAUCUUGUAGUAAUUGAAUAUGUCUUUACAUUGUAGAAAAGGGUUAUGUCCACAAAAAAACUCUGUAGGCCUGUAUUUUACGCGUGCGUAGUGCCAUGAAUUUUGAUACAUGAUUAACACUUUUGUAAUAUUAAUCAUGUAACUUCUCAUCUUUAUUUAUUAUUCAGAAAACUACCUUACUUUACAAAAUAAGUUAGCGUUGACUUUUCAAUUUUAACCUAAGAAAGAACUGAGACGGUAAUAGAAAUGAAUGGACCGUUAGGAAUGUAUGUGUGUGUGUGUGUGUGUGUGUGUGUGUGUGUGUGUGGAGAAAGAGGGGGAUAUAAUGAUCACACGCAUUGGAAGAAGAAUCUACUCAGAAUUGUGUGUAUCAGACUAUUGUUACCGAUACUGUAUGAUUUUUACACCUACAUGUAACGUUAGAAUAGUCGGCUAAAGUAGUUCUCUCAAAAUUGCUGAAAGAUUGACUUUUAAAGAUAGAUAUUAAAUAACCAAUAUUUUGUCAAUUACGUUAGUUUUUUAUGUUCUCUGAUGAGGCCCUUUUAUUCUAUUCCAGUCACGAAUCUUUCUUAAUAAACAAAAGAUUCCAAUUACAGCACUAAAAUUUCCACUUUUAACCAGACACCAGUUGAUCAAAUAUCAAAUUAAUUUUAAAUCAAUUGAUCAUUAGUUCUUAAAAACGCGACAUUCAAUAUUUGUAAAGUUUGAAAUUUCAUCCGGUAAUGGCUGCAAUAGGACUUGGUUUAUUGUUCAAUAUGAGAUGCGGCGAUGAGUGUAAAACUAUACAUGUCUGCAUACAAUAUAAUUAAAGCAUUUGUUUGUAGACUUUUUCAUGUUAUAUAUAAUAUCGAUAGAUAAACAUGUUGUAUAAAUUUAGAUGAAAAUUGAUCUUUCCACUAGAGACUUCCUCAAAUACACUAUGAUUUUAUAUUGUUUGCUUAAAUCCUUAAAAGUACAUGCAUUUUAAUAACUUGAAAGUAGGAAGGUCAACUGAUUUAGUCAUGCUAAUACGGUUUUAUUUUUAAAAGUGGUGUUUGGUUUUUUUUUCACUUAUUGACAUGCUCCUAAGAUAACGACUUUUUCAGAUGUAUCUGGGGAGCAUAGAUAAAUUCAGACAUUGCCGUAAUAAACAGACAAAGAGGUAUAAGUAAAUUUCGGUUCACGACCCCAAAAUUUGAAUUUGGUUUUCUACCUUAAUUGAUGCUUUUUCCUCAAUAUACUUUUGUUCUCUACAGAUCAUUUUAUUGUCAAUAUAAUGGAAUUUGAUGCGACUGUCAUACCAGUGAGAGGUUUAGCUAGCUAUAAAACCAGGUUCAAUCCAACAUUUUCUACAUAAAAAAAUGCCUGUACUAAGUCAGGAAUAUGACAGUUGUUAUCCAUUCGUUUGAUGUGUUUGAACUUUUGAUUUUGCCAUUUGAUUAGGGACUUUCCUUUUUGAAUUUUCCUCGGAGUUCAGUAUUUUUGUGAUUUUACUUUUUAUUACUAGUAAGGAUACAGAAGUAUAAUAUAACCAGUUGUAUUCAUACAUUUCACAAAAUAUUGAUAUCUCUUUCUGAAAAAAGAUAAUUUGUAAGUAUUUGGACGUUACCACGAUAAUUUAUAUUGCUUCCUUAUGAGAUUGUGACUGUUGAAAAGCUGCAAGUCCAUUGACACGAUGGCUUAUUUCAUCUACGAUCGCUAUCACAUUUAUUUAUUAUAUAAUUAUUGACGAUUUUGCAUCAAGUGCUUGUUAUAUAUUUAUAUAUAAAUACCUCAUUUAGUGCUAUUUUUCUAUGUUCAUAUUCAUGUGUGCAAUAUAUACACCUUGUUAAUUUUCGCAACUUAAGGGAGAUAACUCGUGAUUGCUUCCUAAUAUUAUUUCCAUUGUUCAUUAUGCAUUUAGGUUUCGGAUAUAUAUUUUAUAUAAAGAAACAUAACAUACGAUAAUACUUUGGCUACUGAAUAAGACGUUUGCUACAUACAAAAAUAACAUUUUUCAAUAUAAAAAAUAAUUUAAUUAUAAAGCUGAAUCACAAUUCAUAGUAUAAUUUACAAAAAGGUACUUUAAAUAAAUGGCUUCCAAUGCUUUGUUGUAUGUAUGUAUUGUUGAUUUGAUGUUGAGUUUAAUUGUAAAAAAAAUAUACCAACAA